UAUUUCGUGAACGUUGCCGGUUUGGUUUACGUUCUGAUGAUCACUUUCGUCUACGUGGUAUUCUGGCCGCUUUACGAAGAGGAGAAAAGAGUAGCACUUGCGGACCUCGCAAUAACUGGCUUGUUUUUCGUUCUAUUUUUUUUCUGCUCAGCAUCAUGGUGGGCUGGAUCCAACACCAUAGGAUUCGCUACGAGUGAUGAACGCGUCACUGCGUUAAUGAAAGGAAGUGACGCAUUCUGGAAGGGCAGUGAGGAACCGCAGAUGUCCUUUGCAACGCACGCCAACAAUGGAAAACUCGUUGUCUCUGUAGUAAGUUUUCGAGCCAAGAAACAUCCCUUAAACGACAAAUGUAGAGAAGUACGCUACAUUUUACAGCGAGAGCUUGUUGAAGGAAGGUUUUUUGUUUUGAUGGGGGUAGGAGGAGAGGGGAGGGGAAGUGGUGAGCCACUAAGCGUUCACUGCCCUAUUCGUUGUAAGUGGUCACAAACCUAA